AACUAGUCCGUAGAGGCCCAACAUAGUCUGCGUUGUUAGACCCAAAAGGCGACCAACACAGAACGAGGCCUCCAGCGUCUUCUUCGCUUGAGAAAAAAAGGGAAAAAAAAUGGGCAGAAAAUUCUUCGUCGGCGGCAACUGGAAAUGCAAUGGGACCACGGAGGGAGUUAAGAAAAUCGUGACCAUCUUAAACGAGGCCGAGGUCCCUUCAGAGGAUGUUGUUGAGGUGGUAGUAAGCCCUCCAUUUUUGUUUCUUCCAUUGGUGAAAAGUCUGCUACGAUCUGAUUUCUCCGUUGCUGCACAAAAUUGUUGGGUAAGGAGAGGUGGAGCCUUCACUGGAGAAAUUAGUGCAGAGAUGCUUGUUAAUCUUGGAAUUCCUUGGGUCAUUUUGGGUCACUCUGAAAGAAGGCUUCUAUUAGGGGAAUCAAAUGAGUUUGUUGGAGACAAAGUUGCAUAUGCAAUUUCUCAAGGGUUGAAGGUGAUUGCUUGUGUUGGUGAGACUCUUGAGCAGCGAGAAUCAGGAUCAACUAUGGAGGUGGUCGCUACACAAAUGAAGGCAAUUGCUGAUAAACUAUCAGAUUGGACAAAUAUUGUCUUAGCUUAUGAGCCAGUUUGGGCUAUUGGCACGGGCAAAGUUGCAACCCCAGCACAGGCUCAGGAAGUGCAUGCUGGCCUAAGGAAGCUGCUUCAAACGAAUGUGAGCGCUGAAGUAGCUGCGUCAACUCGGAUCAUUUAUGGAGGAUCAGUAAAUGGAUCAAACUGCAAAGAACUGGCAGCAGAGCCUGAUAUUGAUGGAUUCCUCGUCGGUGGAGCUUCUUUAAAGAAGACCCGCUAUAAGUUAGCAGCAGUAGCAGUGAGAACCACAAUCAAUGAGGAGUGGACUUUGGGGGGGCGGUCAAAGACAGUUUGGAUUUGCUCAUGGGAGUUGACUUAUGGUAGGAGAAUAUUUGGUCAUUUAUGAGAAGCUGUCUGACUUUAAUCGCUGUGCUUGCUGCUCUGGAGGCUUGUAUUAUUUGUGUGGUGGAGAGCUGAAGUCAGAGUGGGUAUUUAAUAUUUGAUGCUGGAAAAAGACUUGAAAUUGGACUUGUAACCAGAAAACAAGAUUUGAGGCCGUCGCAUGCACGCUUUAAUUAAUAAUGGAUAAUAGUGGUUGGCAUAGUAAAUGAAUGUGGAUUCUCAACUACUUACAACUGACUUUUUUGUGAAAGGAAAUGAAACCAGCCGUCAAGCUCGGAGUUGCAAAAAAAAUUUGCGAGGUUGUGGUUGGAUUGCAAUUGACAAUUUAG